AAACCACUAUUGAGGCAGCGAGGCUCUGAAGUGACUUAUUGCGCUUCUGGGCUGCAGCUCUGCUACAGAGGAUGCGGUGACAGUAAUAGUAGUAGUUCUCUGAAAAAAACAGAAGCAGACUUAUUCGUCUGUCUCACUGAGUAACCUGGAGUUUGCAAGAGCUGAUCGGACCGUUUGCGGCCUUUACUGUUGUUUGAUGAAUACACCCCCAUUGUGAACCUGCUGGGGGAUCUAAGUGGGGCAGCACCCGGCUUUUAUGAAUGGGAUGCAUGGUUCCUAGGCUAACUGGAAUUGAGGAGCAGUGACAUUCUUUCUGGAAUCCGUAACAAGGAUUGUGUUGAAGACUAAGGAACUGGGAUUAAAGAUUAACAGGACCACUGGCUGUUUUUGUAGCCGUACUGGACGUCUGACUACCUCUGUGCGUGAAGUAAAACUCAGCCAUCAUGCCGAUCCUAAAACAGCUAGUGUCUGGCUCAUCCCACACCAAGCGUCGCUCACGCAUGGACCUGACCCGGGAGAUGAUCAGUGCUCCGUUGGGGGACUUCCGCCACACCAUGCAUGUAGGCCGCAGUGGUGAUGCCUUUGGAGACACCUCCUUCCUCAGCAGCCGCUCUGGGGAGCCUCCUUCUCAAGCGACAUCCUAUCCACACUCACCACGGCCAGGCCUCCUUUCUCGCACCUUCAGGAGCAGCAAGCGCUCCCAGUCUGUCACCAGAGUGGACCAGCAGAGAGACAACACCCUGGUGGUUCCUGAUGGGUCACCCACAUACGUAAAGAAUGCCAUGUCCCUGCCCUUCCUCAACAAUGAUGACAGAGGGGACGGCAUGGUGGCGAAGAGCCUGUCCUCGAGCCCCUUGAAGCACGACAGGGAUUCGGACGGGAGGCCUCUAAAUGGCGCUGCUGCAGCCGCUCACUGUCUGGAGAUGGAUGAAAGGAACUUUGGUGAGCUGACUGAGCUUCCAGAGAGUUCCCAUCACUAUGGAGGUGGGAUGAAGCAUGCCGAGUCAGUUAUGUCCUUCCAUGUCGACUUGGGGCCGUCCAUGCUGGGUGAAAUCCUGGGAGUGAUGGAGAAGGAGGAUGACGAUCUUGGCUACGAGGAGGGUAAGAGCAGUGAGGGUCAUGUCUCGCCAUCUCUCAGCACUCAUGAAGAGGAUGCUGUGGAGGUGAGGAAAGAUGAGGAUAAUGAGGAGCAGGAGGUGGCAGAAGUAGAAGUAGAAGUGGAAGAGGAAGAAGAAGAGGAGGAGGAAGCAGAACUGCAGCAGGUUUCCAUACAUCUAGCCUCCUCAGUGCACCUGGGGCCCGAGCAUGGAGGGCCCUACACUCCAGAGUUCACCCCAGAGACCCGGCCCAAACACCUGCAGAACCUGGACAGCUCUUCCAUGUCCAGCUCUGGCUCUGCUAUCCUGGAGGAGAAAGCAAGCAGCCAGACCUAUGCAGGAGACACAGAUAGUGCUACAUUCAGUGCCCCCCCAGAGGAGGAGAGCAACUUCUCCUCUUUCAUGGAGGAUGAAGAUGAUGAGAUUCGUGUAUGAGAUUACAAAGCCUCCUAAAAACAGGACGGAGCUCGAGAACGGGUUUGUGUGGAUUCACACUUGAACGGAAAUGAGACCUUGUAGCUAGGUGCUGUGGGAAUGGGACUGUGGAGGAGAAGGAGGAGGACUUUGUUGGUUUGUUCCUCCUGCAAGGGGAGAGACUGACUGCUCCUUCUGGAAGAGCAUAAACUCCAUCUGUCACAUAGUCUCUGCCUCAUCCUUCACUCUCUGUUUGUCUGUCAAUCUGUCACUCCCUUUGUGCACUGAGGGAACUGACAUGGAAGAGCACCCGCUCAUCGAAUAUGGAACAUUCCAGAAGUAAAUGUGGACGUGGCAAGGAGUGGAGGAAAGAAGUUUUUAGGAAAGACACUUUCCAUAACUAAAGCUCAGUUCACACUUUUCUCUCUCUCUCUCCCCUCACUUCAUGUGUCACAAGAGCUUUGCGUAACUUUUUCAUUCAAUUUCCCUCUCCCUUUGUUGUCUUGCUGUCUGUCUGGCAGUGGCCUGAGCCACGAGGCCUGAGCUGAACAGAGGACCUCUGUCACCACGGGAUCAGUGAUGGGUGUCUUGUCACAAUAAAGGGGGCUGUGUUUCUGUCACUAGAUUGUGGGUUUGUGAGUGUGAAGGCCUGGCUUGAAUCUCCUUCAUCUGAAAAUACAUCAGUAAAGUGCCAUAGACUACUGUCAUAAGAACGCUCUUGACAUUCUUUUUUUGCAGUUUCCUCUCUUAUGUAAAUUUUGGGGUGUUUGUUUUGCUGCUCAAACACUGCAGCUUCCUGCUAUUAAGCUGAACUUCAGAGCCAAAGCCAAGAUCUUUUCCUCUGUUUACUUCACUGUGAGCACCACUCAGGCUAAUACUCAGUGUAAAUUACAGUUACCGGGGCCUGUAAAGCUAAUGGAGAUGCAUUGGCCUGCAGUAACUAUAAACCAUGGUGUUACUACAGGAAGCCAGAGAGGUGAGGAGCAAUGUGCACAAAACUGCAGAGGCAUAGACCGCAGACUGUGGAUAAAAAAAAAAAAAAGAAAAAAGCUUGCUUUUCCCUUUUCUCUCAAUCCAUCACCAGAUCGCUUUUUCGCUUUUGAUACAGUUGAAGUCAUAAUUAAGAUUUCUUUGAACUCACAUGAAUUCAGUAUCUUCGCUCUACUAAUAUGUGCAUUUCUUUGGCAUUAAAGUCGGAGCUGAAGUCUCUUUGAUAACCACAUCCUUCCUUGUUUGUGUACAUCUGAGAAACUGCAAUGGUGCAACUGAACCGAGUUUGUAAGAGAUCUGGGUCCUCCAUAUGUUGCCUUUGUGUCAGUUACAGUUUUCACCACUACUUGUGAGGAGGGCUUCAGAUCUGUGUCAGCACCGGUGAACCAGCAGGCACAGUUUAACCAUACACUACUGUUUGGUGUUUAUUGUUAGCUGUUGUUUUGUUAUCUAUGAAAAAUAUUUGCUAUGUUUAUGUUUUGUCUACUCUGAAAGAGCAAAUGAAAAAGAAGACACAGUCACGGAUGCAUGGGCCGCAAGAAAUAAAGAAAGCUUGUUAUUUUUAUGCAAGCUGCAUUGAGUGUCACAGCAACUCCACUUUAUCUCUUGCGUCAUUAAAACCAUGGCGAGAAACUACUGAGGCUGACAUUGUGACAACUGGUUUCGAUGCCAUAGCUGAAACUGACAGAUGUGCCAAAUCAGUUUCUAUACACGAAUAAUUUUAGUUGUGGAGCUCACUGUCUUUCUGCCCUUCUCUCCUGAGUAUUAUUAACCAUCACUGAAAUUAAGUUGGGAGUGACUGAGUUUUAGCUUGCAGGUUGAAAAAUACAAUGACAUUGUAAUUGAAUAUUGUUCUAAAUCAGAAUCUCCUGCAGAAAAAAAGCAACAACAAUGAUUUAGGUAACUGGAUAUUUAUACACGUCAUUGAAACACUAAAUAUUUUUUUAAUAAGGCUAAGCACAUUUCACUUGCUUAACAGAUUUCAUUAGCCAAAUAUUCAGGCCAAUCCAUUGUUCAGUAAUAUUAAGAAGAUUAUUUGUAAAUGGGAAAUGUUAAUGUGGAGUUUGUUGCCCUUUCCUGUAUAAUGUUGUAUAUUAUGCCUUACUAUUUCUUUCUUUGCGUAAGAAUAAAAAUAAUGUAUAUUUA